CACAUUCAGAAACGUCAAUGUGACAGAUAAGGUUAUGUUUACAUCAGAAAACGUGAAAAACUGAAAAUAAUUUAAAUUUAAAAAAGCAAUAUGAAGUUUUCCUAUAAGUUUAGCAAUUUACUGGGAACUGUCUAUAGAAGAGGUAACAUUAUUUUCACUCCGGAUGGUAAUUCAGUGAUUAGCCCUGUGGGGAAUCGAAUUAGUAUUCACGAUUUAAAAAGUCAUAAAACAUCAACUUUACCUAUCGAAAGCAGAUACAACUUUGUAGCUCUAGAUCUAAGUCCAAAUGGCAACAUUUUAGUCGCCAUUAAUGAACAAGGGGAUGCGUUUAUGAUAAGUUUAGUUUCCCAAACUGUCACACACAAAUAUAGGUUUAAAAGAAAGGUGAAUGCAAUCAAGUUUAGUCCAGAUGGCAAACACUUUGCAGUUUGCAAAGAAAACAAUGUGUUUGUCUUCCAAGCACCAGGUCCAUUCACUGGCCAGUACAACGGAUUUGUUAUGGAAAGAGUUUUUCAUAAUUUUUAUGAUGAAACUACAUGUUUAGAUUGGUCAUUUGACUCCAAAAUACUUGCUGUUGGGUCUAAAGACAUGUCUAUUAAGUUAUUUUCAUUGGGAAAGUGGGACAAUUUUAAGACCUAUGCAUUAGGUGGACAUACUGACGUAAUUGUGGCGUGUUUUUUUGAACAUAAAAGCUAUGAUAUCACCACAAUCAGUAGGAAUGGUCAGGCAUGUAUUUGGGAGUGUUCUAUUGAUCCAGAUGGUUUAUUACCAUUUCAAGAGCCCAUUCCAAAGAAGAAACAGAAACCCUCUCAUGAACUUCAAGAAGACGACGUAGACCUUACCAAAGUUAUUGAAAGAAGUGAAGAGGAAAUAUCAAAACAUUUAAAUCAACUGGAUAUUGAUGAUAAGGAAGAGAAUGAAAAGAACAAGAAGAAAGAAAAGAUGUACUAUAAGAGACUUGCAAGGCACUAUCUAGCAGAUGAUGUAAGAAAAGAAAGCAAAGAUGCGGUGCUUACAGCUGCAUCAUACCACAAAGCAACUAAAGUGCUGGUGGCAGGCUUUUCUACUGGCGCAUUUUUUAUUUACGAACUUCCUGAAGUAAGUCUUAUACAUUCUCUCAGCGUUUCGGAUGAAAAAAUUUCUUCAAUAGCCUUAAAUUCUACUGGCGACUGGAUUGCAUUGGGAUGCGGGGGUCUAGGCCAGUUGCUCGUUUGGGAAUGGCAAAGUGAAACGUACGUCUUGAAGCAGCAAGGCCAUUCUAAUAACAUGUCCUGUAUCUGUUAUUCCCCCGACGGUCAAAUAGUGGUAACUGGAGGCGAAGAUGGUAAAGUAAAGCUUUGGAACGUCACGUCUGGGUUUUGUUUCGUUACAUUUAGCGAGCAUUUGGCCCCUGUAACGGCCGUUUCCUUCAGCGGGAACAAAAAGUUUAUUGUUUCCGCUUCUUUGGAUGGUACUGUACGGGCGUACGAUAUAAUAAGGUAUCGUAAUUUCCGAACUUUAACCACCCCAAGACCCGUUCAAUUAUCCUGUGUUGCUGUGGAUAGUAGUGGAGAAUUCGUGGCUGCAGGUGGUCAAGAUGUUUUCGAAGUAUUUUUGUGGUCUGUUAAGACAGGACGACUUUUAGAAAUUCUUGCGGGACACGAAGGUCCUGUGUGGAGUGUGGCGUUCAAUCCUAAUGUCACGAGUACGAUAUUGGCGUCGGUUUCAUGGGACAAAACCCUCAGGAUUUGGGACGCGAUAGAGAAAGGGUCUGAUCACGAAACGAUAGAGCUGUCAGCUGACGGUUUAUGCGUGACCUUUAAGCCCGAUGGGGAAGAAGUGGCUGUUGCAACUUUGGAUGGGCAAAUAACUACUUUCCAUGUGCGCACUGCCACCCAAACGGGAAGCAUCGAGGGCAGAAACGACCUUGGUAGUGGACGAUCUGAUACAGAUCUUGUGACCGCCAAGAAAACAUUGGAAUCGAAGGCAUUUACGAGUUUAUGUUACUCGGCAGAUGGCGAGUACCUCUUGGCCGGAGGUCAGUCCAAAAAUGUGUGUAUUUAUAAUGUAAAAGAGGGACUUUUAGUUAAGAAGUUUGAGGUCACUCAAAAUAGAUCAUUCGACGCGGUUGAUGACUUUAUAAAUAGACGAAAGAUGACCGAGUUUGGUAAUUUAAAUUUAAUCGAAGAACGCGAAGAGAACGAGGGUGGUAACGUGGCAAUAAGAUUACCAGGCGUUAAAAAGGGUGACAUGGCUGCCAGAUCAUUUAAACCUGAAGUUCGAAUAUAUUCCUUACAAUUUUCUCCUACUGGAGAGGCAUGGGCUGCGGCAACGACCGAAGGUCUACUUAUUUAUUCAUUAAAUUUGGGGCUUGUAUUUGAUCCGUGGGACUUAGAGGUCGCCAUCACCCCAGAUGCCAUUAGGCAAGCCAUUAAAGAUGAUCAAACUAACGCUUUGGUAAUGGCAGUUAAAUUGAACGAGGCCGGUAUUAUUCAAGAAGUUAUCGAAAAUAUAUCAGUAAAUGAUGUUGAGUUAACUUUAACGAAUUUGGGAGAGAAAUUUGCCGAACGAUUGCUGAUUGUAAUAGCAAGUGCUUUGGAGAGUUCGAGGCACUUGGAAUUCUAUUUGGUUUGGGCUGAGCACCUUUUGACCAUCCACGGUCCGAAAAUUAAGUCCCAGAAAAACAUGCCGGGACUUAUAGCCCUCCAAAAGGGUUUGACAAGAAAAUACGAGGAGUUAUCAAAACUGUGUGACUUUAACACGUAUACGAUGCAAUGCAUUCUCAGAGCUAGUGCUAACAGGCAGGCUUUAGAAAAAGAAAAAGCUAAAGGAAAUAUAGAGGGUGAAAAUGAGACGAGCAGUAGUUCGGACGAAGACGAAAAUAUAAUGAUGUUCAAUUAUGACUGAAAUGUAUUUUUUUUAAUUGUUAAAUAAAGUUUUUUAUAACACGAUAA